UCGCGAUCUCCUCGACCAGAACCAGUGAGAACAGCCCGCACGACGUCGUGACAAAUGGCUUUUAAGGACCCGCAUCUUGCUCUUUACCACCAACAUCUCCCUUUGCGUCCCUCAGCACCGUAAUGGCUGCCCCUGCACCCCCGACUGCUGGCCCCGCUGCAGACCUCAUCCCCGUGUUCAACGAGAAGCUGUCCCCCGAGCUCCCGGAGGACAUUCUCAGGUGGGGGAUCAAGAACCUGCCGGGCCUCUUCCAGACGACAGCCUUCGGGCUCACUGGUCUAUGCACGAUCGACAUGCUCUCGAAACUCACAGAUACUCCCCCUCAUCUCAUCUUCAUCGACACGCUAUACCACUUCAAGGAGACGUAUGAGCUCGUGGAGGAGGUGAAGAAGCGGUACAACAUCCCGAUCCAUAUCUACAAGCCGGAAGGCUGCGAGACGGUCGAGGAGUUCGAGAAGAAGUAUGGUGAGAAGCUCUGGGAGACGAACGAAGAAUUGUAUGACUUCCUGGUGAAGGUUGAGCCCGCACGGCGAGCGUACGAGGAGCUCGGCGUCAAGUCUGUCAUCACUGGCCGGAGACAGUCCCAGGGCGCCGAUCGCGCAUCGCUGCAGCCCCUCGAGAUCGACGAGACGGGACUGUACAAGCUGAACCCCCUCUUCGCCUGGAACUUCUACCUCGUUGAAUGGUACAUCAAGGAGAACAACGUGCCGUACAACAAGCUCCUCGAUCAGGGCUACCGCUCCGUCGGCGACUGGCACUCGACGCAGAAGACGGCGGACGGCCAGAGCGAGCGCGCCGGCCGCUGGGCAGGCAAGGAGAAGACGGAGUGUGGCCUGCACAAGGAUUACUUCACCAUGAAGGCGCAGGCGAAGAAAGCGUUGGAGGACAAGGCCGCAAAGGACGCCACCGCAGCCGCGCCCGCCUCAGCAGCCACCGAGAUCGCCAGCACCGCAUAAUGAUAUAGAGAUAGCUGCGUGUACGAGUAUACUAUUUGGAAAUCUGUUGUACUGUUCAUAGGGUCGUAUGUAUUGGUGGGAACCCG